ACGGUGCCUUUUGUGUCCCCCCAGGUGCAGGUGAAUCUGGUGUUUUGGAGGGCGCCGCGGUCCCGGCAUCACCAUGAAGGCCCUGGAUGAGCCUCCCUACCUGACAGUGGGCACUGAUGUGAGUGCUAAGUACAGAGGAGCCUUCUGUGAAGCCAAGAUCAAGACAGCAAAGAGACUUGUCAAAGUCAAGGUAACAUUUAGGCAUGAUUCUUCAACAGUGGAAGUUCAGGAUGACCACAUAAAGGGCCCACUAAAGGUUGGAGCUAUUGUGGAAGUGAAGAAUCUCGAUGGUACAUAUCAGGAAGCUGUCAUCAAUAAAUUAACAGACGCGAGUUGGUAUACUGUAGUUUUUGAUGAUGGAGAUGAGAAGACGCUGAGACGGUCCUCACUGUGCCUGAAAGGAGAGAGACAUUUUGCUGAAAGUGAAACUCUAGACCAACUCCCACUCACCAACCCUGAACAUUUUGGCACUCCAGUCAUAGGGAAGAAAACAAAUAGAGGAAGAAGAUCUAAUCAUAUACCAGAGGAAGAGUCUUCUUCAUCCUCCAGUGAUGAAGAUGAGGACGACAGGAAGCAGAUUGAUGAGCUGCUAGGCAAAGUUGUUUGUGUAGAUUACGUUAGUUUGGAUAAAAAGAAAGCACUAUGUUUUCCUGCAUUGGUGGUUUGUCCUGAUUGUAGUGAUGAAAUUGCUGUGAAGAAAGAUAAUAUUCUUGUUCGAUCUUUCAAGGAUGGCAAAUUUACUUCAGUACCAAGAAAGGAUGUCCAUGAAAUUACUAGUGAUACUGCACCAAAGCCUGAUGCUGUAUUAAAACAAGCCUUUGAUCAGGCGCUAGCGUUUCACAGAAGCAGAACUGUUCCUGCUAACUGGAAGACGGAGUUGAAGGAGGACAGCUCCAGUAGUGAGGCGGAGGAGGAGGAGGAGGAGGAGGAGGAGGAGGAAGACAAGGAGGAUAACAGCAGCGAGGAGGAGGAAGAAAUAGAACCAUUUCCAGAAGAAAGAGAAAACUUUCUUCAGCAGCUGUACAAAUUCAUGGAGGAUAGAGGCACACCUAUUAACAAACGACCUGUGCUUGGAUAUAGAAAUUUGAAUCUCUUUAAGUUAUUCAGACUUGUACACAAACUUGGAGGAUUUGAUAAUAUUGAAAGUGGAGCUAUCUGGAAGCAAGUCUACCAGGACCUUGGGAUUCCUGUCUUAAAUUCAGCUGCAGGAUACAAUGUGAAAUGUGCUUAUAAAAAAUACUUAUAUGGUUUUGAGGAGUACUGUAGGUCGGCCAAUAUUGAAUUUCAGAUGGCACUGCCAGAGAAAGUUGCUAACAAGCCAUGUAAGGAGUGUGACAGUGUAAAAGAAAUAAAAGUUAAGGAAGAAAGUGAACCAGAAAUGAAAGAAAUAAAGAUUGAAGAGGAGGAGAAGAUAAUAAUAAAAGAAGAAAACCCUACUGAAGAUGAUGUUGAAAGGAAGGAAAAUUUAAAACCCUCUCUGGGAAGUAAAAAGAAUUUAUUAGAAUCUAUAUCUACACAAAGUGAUCAGGAAAAAGAAGUUAACCUAAAAAAGACAGAAGAAAAUGAAAAUCUGGUCAACAAAAAUGAUGAAACAACUGGGUUAGAUGAAUCCCUCAGCAUAAAGGUAGAAGCUGAAGAAGAAAAAGCAAAAUCUGGAGAUGAAACGAAUAAAGAGGAAGAGGAAGAUGAUGAAGAAGUAGAAGAGGAGGAGGAGGAGGAGGAGGAGGAGGAAGAAGAUGAAGAGGAUGAUGACAACAAUGAGGAAGAGGAGUUUGAAUGCUAUCCACCAGGCAUGAAAGUCCAAGUGCGGUAUGGACGAGGGAAAAAUCAAAAAAUGUAUGAAGCUAGUAUUAAAGAUUCUGAUGUCGAAGGUGGAGAGGUCCUUUACUUGGUCCAUUACUGCGGAUGGAAUGUGAGAUAUGAUGAAUGGAUUAAAGCAGAUAAAAUAGUAAGACCUGCUGAUAAAAAUGUGCCAAAGAUAAAACAUCGGAAGAAAAUAAAGAAUAAAUUAGACAAAGAAAAAGACAAAGAUGAAAAAUACUCUCCUAAAAACUGUAAACUUCGGCGCUUGUCAAAACCACCAUUUCAGACAAAUUCAUCUCCUGAAAUAGUAUCUAAACUGGAUCUUACUGAUGCCAAAAACUCCGAUACAGCUCAUAUUAAAUCCAUAGAAAUUACUUCUAUCCUUAAUGGACUUCAAGCUUCUGAAAGUUCUGAAGACAGUGAGCAGGAGGAUGAGACAGGUGCUCACAACAUGGACAGUACUGGCAAAGAGGAAUCGAAGACUGAGUAUUUGGCCCACGCCAGAAAUGACCUUCUUUCAAAGGAGGAGCAGAACAGUUCAUUUUUGCUAGAAGAAAGCAAGGUCCAUGCAGAUUUGGUAAUAUCUAAACCAGCGUCGAAAUCUCCAGAAAGGUUAAGAAAAGAUAUGGAAGGAUUGUCUGAAGAUACGGAUUAUGAAGAAGAUGAAGUCACAAAAAAGAGAAAGGAUGUCAAGAAAGACACCCCCGAUAAAUCCUCAAAGCCACAGGUCAAACGCGGGAAAAGAAGGUAUUGCAACACAGAGGAGUGUGCAAAAACCGGGUCGCCCAGCAAAAAGGACGACAAGGCCAAGAACAAAGACUCACUUUGCGUAGAAAACAGUAGCAACAGCUCUUCUGAUGAAGACGAAGAAGAAAAAUCAAAAGCAAAGCUGACACCAACCAAGAAAUACAACGGUUUGGAGGAAAAGAGAAAAUCUCUGCGGACGACUGGUUUCUAUUCGGGAUUUUCAGAAGUGGCAGAAAAAAGGAUCAAACUUCUAAACAACUCGGAUGAAAGACUUCAGAACAGCCGAGCGAAAGAUCGCAAAGAUGUCUGGUCAAGUAUUCAGGGCCAGUGGCCCAAAAAGACGCUGAAGGAGCUUUUUUCCGACUCCGACACGGAGGCCGCAGCUUCCCCUCCGCACCCGGCCCCGGAGGAGGGCCCGGCCGAGGGGACCCUGCAGGCUGUGCCCGCCGAGGAGAAGCCCCUGGAAGCCAGUGACAAAAAGGCCGAGUUUCCGAGCAGCGGCAGCAAUUCAGUGCUGAACACCCCUCCUACCACCCCGGAGUCCCCUUCCUCGGUCACCGUCACGGAGGCCGGGCAGCAGCCGUCUUCGGUGUCAGCAUCAGACGCUCUGGCCCCAAACCAAGAAGAGGUGCGAAGUAUCAAGAGUGAGACCGACAGCACCAUUGAGGUGGACAGUGUCGCCGGGGAGCUCCAGGACCUGCAGUCGGAGGGGAACAGCUCGCCCGCCGGCUGCGAUGCCAGCGUGAGCUCCAGCAGCAGCACCCAGCCCGAGCCCGAGCCCUCGGAGAAAGCCUGUACAGGUCAGAAAAGAGCGAAAGAAGCCCAAGGAGGAGGAAGUUCAUCGAAAAAGCAGAAACGAAGCCAUAAAGCAACAGUGGUAAACAACAAAAAGAAAGGAAAAGGCACCAACAGUAGCGACAGUGAAGAACUUUCUGCCGGGGAGAGUGUCACUAAGACGCAGCCCGUCAAAUCCCUGUCCACGGGAAUGAAGGCUCACAGCGCUCACAGCGCCAAGUCGCCCGCACGGACACAGUCGCCGGGAAAAUGUGGGAAGAAUGGGGACAAGGAUCCUGACCUCAAGGAACCCAGUAAUCGGUUACCCAAGGUUUACAAGUGGAGCUUUCAGAUGUCGGACCUUGAAAAUAUGACAACUGCUGAACGCAUCACAAUUCUUCAAGAAAAAUUGCAAGAAAUCAGAAAACAUUAUCUGUCAUUAAAAUCUGAAGUAGCUUCCAUUGAUCGUAGGAGAAAGCGUUUGAAGAAGAAAGAAAGAGAAAGUGCUGCUACAUCCUCAUCCUCUUCUUCACCCUCAUCCAGUUCCAUAACAGCUGCUGUUAUGUUAACGUUAGCUGAACCAUCAAUGUCCAGCGCAUCACAAAAUGGAAUGUCAGUCGAGUGCAGGUGACAGCAGGACUUGCUCAAGCACUUUGCACUUAAUGGCUGUGAGGGCCACGUCUUUUUUAUACUGCACAGUGGCACAAAAAAUCAGACAAAGCACUAUUUUAUAUUUAAAAAUUGUUUCUUGACAAGCUGACUUGGCACUUAAGUGCACUUUUUUUAUGAAGAAAAAGUACAAUGAACUGCUUUUCCUCAAGCAAUAAUUGUUUCCAACUUGUCUGGGAAUUGUGUGUCUGGUGACUUGAAGGCCUUCCACUGUGGCUAAUGGAGGCUUUUCACUGCCUGUAGAGACAAUACAGUAAGCGUAAUUAUUGGGUGGCCAGAAAAUGGUAAGAUAACUUACUGUAUAUGUAUUCCCUUGUAUUUUGUUAAAGCUGGAGCAUUUGAUAUUUUUCCAUUUAUUUAUGAAAAAAAUAUGAACCUAUUUUCAUUUGUACAAGCUAAUUGUUUUUUAAAGAGAGUCACUUUGCGGUGGCUUUAAUUGUAUAAGUCAAGCACAUGUAAUAAAUUCAAAACCUGCCGUUAACAGGACAUCAGACAUCAGUCCUGGUAACCAAAUAUUAAAGAUUCUCUUUAAAAAAGACUGAACAUGUUUACAGGUUUGAAUUAGGCUAAAAGGUCUUGCAGUGGCUUUUCAUACCCCUUCAAAUUGGAAUGGAACUACUGUACUUUGCCAUUUUUCUAUAAAUCAGUAUUUUUUUUUAAUUUUGAUAUAAUACAUUGUGUGAAAAAAGAAAAUGGCUAAUAAACUGUAUUAAAUCUUAAACAAUGUAUAGAUUGUAUUUAGCCAGUUCAAAGUGUAUAUUUAUUCAUAAUGAAUUAUAACAGUUAUAUUUUUGUGUUUUCUUGUAAAUGUUUCUUUUCCUUAAAUACAGAUAACUCAUUUGUAUUGCUUAUUUUAUUAUGAGCUACAACAAGAGGAUUUCAGGAACAAGUAAACUGUAUUAGUAUGGUUCAAGGUUGAAGUAUAAAUAGGUAAUCGGGUAGUAGGCCUAUGAAAUUAAAUGCCUUGUAUAAAAUAAAUGAACGCAGAAUUGUUUUCACUUGUAUGGACUUUAUGUUGUAUGAUUCCAACCUCUGUUCUGUUUGGCACUUGUAUUUAAUUCUCCACCUUUGUAAGACAUUUGUAUAUUGCGGAUGUGUUCAUUCAAGCUAUUUAAUACCUGGCACUGUUAAUACACAGUACUUUACUGUACAGACUGUUUUACUGUUUUAAUUGUAGUUCUGUGUACUUUUUUUUUUAAUGGGGCUGGCAUGUUUUAUUUGUUUUCAGGCAAUAUGAUGUGAGAAUUUUGAAGCGUUUUGUUGUAGAUGCUAACGUGUCAGAAUCCUUUACAUUCAACUUUUCUAAGAAAAGCAUUUUCAGUCUUGUAGUGUGUGCUUACAGUAACUAAUUUUGUUGAAAAUGGUUUCAAGUUACUCAAAUUUGUACAGGACUGUAAAGAUUUGUUGACAGCAAAACAUUGAAGAAAAAGCUUAUAGAAUAAAAGCUAUAAAGUAUAUAUUAGGAUCUGCAAACAAUGAAGAAUUAUGUAAUAUAUUGUACAAAUGUAAGCAAAGGCUCUGAAAUAAAAUGCCAUAGUUUGUGAGUCAUUGA